AUGGGGACUGACUUUCUUUCCUGUGGAUCAAUUGCGCGAUUAUUUUUUGGCCGUAUUUCCUGGGGUGUGUUAAGGUCGUUAAAUAUACACCAGUUGCUCUGUGGUUAUCGGGAGUUAAUGCGGCAGUCGCCACCUUGUCGACGGAGACCGUUGACCUUGUGGAUAUGUUUGGUACAAGGCGUGUCGGGGGGAAGCCCGUCCGAACAGGCGGUAGAUUCGCCACGUGUUACGAACACUCGGAUAUGUGUUUCAAGAAGUCCGAAGAUGACAAGAAAGGAGGGGUCCAGCGUCGGCAAGGACUAUUGGAACUGGUCAUGUGUCACAAAAAAAAACUAUGAGUCGCAUUGGACAAGUCGUUUCUGGAUUCCCUUGGAUGAGACCGGAUUUGAACUACUGAGGUCAGUGGCUGCAACGAAACCCUACUACCGUCGCGGGAUCUGGACCAGAAGGGGGGCUGCGUUCGUUGACUUUAUACGCAGGUCAGGAGGACACUCGUGGGCACUGACAACCGGAACAGAAACGAUUCGCCCGAAUUACAUCCCAGUUUUGAGUCGAAGUAGGCGGCUGACAAAGCCGGCGGAGUCCGGGAAAGUGUUGAGUGAUUUUGAAGCAUACCAGGUGUUGCAUGGAUCGUUAUCAUCAGACGAAUGGAUGAGGCUGACGUCUAUUGAUGAGUCAAGUUUCGAGAGGUGUGCGCUUGCUUACGUGGAACUUGGUACAAUAAUCUCCUCGUACUUCACAGAACCCUACGGCCUUGUAGAUACGUCUAUUCAAGACGCGAUCGCAAACUUGAUGUCUUCGAGGGAGGCGGGAAACAUCAAGUAUCGAAGGCGUAUGUGGACCGUUGGAUGUCUUCUGCAACAUUCAGGGGCGCUCACCGAACGGCUAGCGGAAUUUUGCAUUAAGAAGUUAGGAUACAGCCCUCCGCAUCGGCGAUCCACAUUGCAAUGUUUAAAAGAGUACCCGCGGGAGUCCUUGUCCGAAAGAGAUACGUCGUCAAAAAUGUAUCUGUUGAAACAAACAUUGUCAGGACUACCAGUCGUAUCGGCGAAGGAGUUCGCAAAACUGACCCAAUCAGAAAUGGAGGACCACGGGAUAUGCGACAGGAGGUGUGUAGCUGAAAAAGCAUCCGCCGUGCCUUUGGGUCAGUCUUGGGGUAAGUCUUGGACAAAAUCUCACGUGACAGCUGCAGAACCCGUGCAAGGUACAGGAGUGGUUGAUGGGACGCUGAGAAAGAGAAACCCAUCUGAGGAACAUUUCCGCAUGGUGAAGAAGAAGGCGACUGAAAGCCAAACAGGUAUGCUACGUUGUAAUGCACGGCGCUUUGAUAAAUUAUGUCUACAACCAACUAACACCCUUCAACGACUGGAACGACUAGUUAAUAAUCACCCAGAGUCUGCAGUGAGCGCCGGCUUCGUUGACACAUUUGCUGAGGUAGUGUGGAAGGAAUAUGGGCCGCUCUUGUCGCCUCCUCUAGACCGUUGUUUGAUGGACAACCAUUUGACCAACUGA